GCAUGAAGGUAAAAAUAUGAAAAUGUUGAGCGUGUUAACAAAAAACUAAAAUUAAAAACUGUUAUCUUCACCAAAAAACCAAAAAACCUGCCAUUUCAAGACCAAACACAAGAAAAAGGAAGAAAAAAGUUCCCCAAAAAAGGGGGGAAAAAAUUGGUAGUGAGCGAGGGGAAAAGCUGGAGGUUAGAAAAAAUUGGUUUUGAUUGGAGAGAUAUGGAGAAGAAGCUUACUCUGCUUCAGACUGUUGCCACUGCUGGCGUCUUCUCUGCAAUUUCCUUCUGGUAUGGGUUCAUGUUUGGGAGGGAGUCCUCUCGUAAAGAGCUCUCACAGUUAAUCGAAGAUCUCCGAAACGGAAACCCCUCUUCCUCUUGCUCCGUUUCCAGUUCCCAAUCUUGAAAUGAAAUGGUUUCUCUCGUUUCCUUCACGCCAUCAUCACCAUGUGUUUGUGUAAUUUACUCUGUUACUUCAUUCCUUGUUUCUAUAUAGUCUCUGCAAUCAAAUGGGACAUAUUUUCUAUAUACUUCACCGUGCCGUUGGACACUCAUAACGUGUUUGCACUAAUCUGUUUUGUUUUGUUCGAAAUCCACAUUGGUCCCUUCCCCUAACAGUUUUGUAACUACAGUUGGUUGUAUAAUUUUCUUAUCAAAUUUUAUUUUUCUGCAAGUAA